CCGGCAGGUCAGACGCGCUGUGCGUCGACAUGUCAACAACAGUCGUGGACAGUGGACCAGCUCAACAGACAGAGAAGGAGAUGUCAUAUGAUGACUUCCGACGGUAUUCCCAAGAGUGCCAUCACAAAGAGCAGCUCCAUAGAAGCUUGUCGUCUGCUCUGGCUGCAGAUCUCUCCAGGCUGCUGCAGGAGGGGCUGAUGGGGGAUGCUCUUCUGCAUGCUGAAGAGGGAACAGCUGGAGCGCAUGUGGCUGUGCUGCUCGCCAGAGUCCCUCACAUCGUUCCCAAACCGAGAACCGACGAUCCCGUCGUCAUGAUCAGGAUGACGGAGUUCAAGCUGCCUGAACUCAGGGAUUACCUCAGGCACGUGUACACAGCGUAUCCGAGCCUGCACGGCGUCAAGUUCUCUCCAGGAGAGGGCGCUCCUCGCCACAGCGGACUGCCCCAUCCCGGGCCAUCGCGCUUCUCCGGUGGCUCAGGAGAGCAGGCGAGAGGCCAUGCUGGUUCCACGCUGUCUUACGCUGCUGCUCUACAGUCCGCCUCUGGACUCGGAUUCGACUUGCUGGCUCUCUACUGGCGGAACGAGGAAUGCGACUUCAUCAUACAAGUAGAAGACCAGGCGUUCCCCUGCCACAAGGCCAUCCUGUGGGCCCGGUCCCAGUACUUCAGAGCCUUGCUGAGCGGCAGUUGGAAAGAGAGCAUCAAGCAAUCCAUUACUCUGCAAGGCUUCAGCCCAGAUGUAACGAAAAUUGUCCUGCUGUUCAUGUACGGUGCCAUCAUAGACCUGCCAGAAGGAGCCAGCGCCAGUGAGGUGCUGUUGGCGGCGGACAUGCUCGGCGUCGACAGCUUGAAGGACGUGGUGGAGCUGGUUCUCACCCGGGAUUACUGCCACUUCUUCCCCAAGCCGUUGGGAGAGGUGAAGAGAACAAUUCCCGAGUGCCUCUCCAUCUCGCAGACGUUUGGCCUCAGAAAUCUCCACAUGCGCUGCAAGAGGUGGGUGGCAGAACACUUUGUGAAGGUGUGGAGCGAGCGGAGCUUUGCCUUCCUGCCUGUGGAGCUUCAGCAGACCUGCUUCAGGGCUGUGACUGAGAGCCUAACUGUGCAGAACGCGGUGACCGUGCUCUGCCACAGCGAGCAGUUGAUUUGCAGCCUUCCUGGAGUCAAGUGGGCCCAGAGGGUGAUGGAGCUGGCCACGGCGCUGCAGGAGGAGUGUCUGCAGUUCGUCGUCCACAACUUCCGCCAGGUCAUCCGCACACCACCCUUCCAAGACUUUCGCAUCAGAGAGGAGUUGACCACCGAGCCACUGUUGCUGAGGAAGCUGUGUUCAGCCGUUGCUGAAGGAGUGACUGUAGAUAACUGCUGCGACCUCUUUGCCGCUGUUGACUUCCUGGAGGAGACAAUCGACCAAGAGCAGCAAGAGCCCACAGGAAACGAGCCAUUCAGGCGAGAGAUCUGCGGGCUGCGCGGCCGCCUCUGGACCUUCCUGGCUCAGUCGCUCUACGCCAUUCGCAGCACGACGGGAUGGAAGACUCUGUCGCCCAGGCACAAGGAGAAAGUCUUGGCGGAGGCUAUUGAUGAAGGUGACGGCCGAAAACUCCACAAGAAACCCGUACUGACAAGCUCCAAGCUGAGCCUCGCAGCAUGCCCGUCGGCUGCGUCUGACGCUCUUCCUUUGCGAAGGAAUCCGAGGCUGGCUCUAACGACAAGCUCCUCCUCCCGUGGUGCCACGUCGGCCAUGAAGUCCAACGGCCUGAAGAUGGCCAACAAGCCAGGCGACGGCCCCGCCCCGAAGUCAAAGCCCCCAAAGAAACCGGGAGAGAAGGCCGCGGCGCCGAAAACGGCCCCGGCGGGCGUGCCGGUGGUGAACGGCACCGGGGCGGCGAGGGCCAGGCGGGACGUGGCCGGCACCAACGGCCCCAGAGGCUUUCACGUGGCAAAGGAGCCAGAGAAGAAGCCAAACCCAGGGGCGAGGCCCAAAACGUGUCCGCCGAGCGGUACGUCCUCCAGCCAGACGACGGGAACCAAGAGCCAGAGGCCUCCCUUCAGAAAGGCUCACAACGGCGCCGGCGCCACCCAGCCGCUGCCCGGCACCUCCCUCAAGUCACGCAGCCCUUCGCCGGACGGCGGCGCCGGCGACGCCCACAACCUCACAGGCGCGAGACCAAAGCAGGGAAAGCCCUCAGUCAAACCGCUGGCGGCCAAACCUGCGCCGAGGCCCGACGGCAAAGUCGCCAGAGGUACGAACAAAUCCGUGACGCCUUCUGGGGGAGUGGCAGGGAGGUCAGACCUCAAGACCAGGACCAGUACUGACAUUCAUGUGCUGAAAUCGACUUCUUUGGUGAAAAAGCCAACAGUCGCUCGGAAAAAUGGCAAAGAUUCAGCUGAUAAAACGGACAGUGAAACUUUAAAAAAGACGAUAAAAUCCACUGCUGCCAAGCCUGGAUCCAAGCUGAAAAGCAACACGGAAUUAUCUACAGACAAAGCCUCUUCGAAAGCUAAAGCCUCCACUGCUUCCAAGAAAACGGACAGCUGCAAAGGUGUGGAGAACGAUUCUGAUUGUAGGUCUGGGACGUCCGCUGACGCCCCAAAUGAGACGUCCAUUCCUGAGCCAGCCGACCUCCCUGCAGCGGACACUGAGCACCUGGUGAGCCGAACCGGCACAGACCCAGAGAAGCCGGAGUCGGCCCCUGAGCAUCCCGGAGCUCAGGCAGAGGGUAGUGGACAUGCGGAACCUGAGACGACUCCUCACCCCGUAGCUAGCAGUGACCCCAGAGCUGUUUCUGCCCAGGUCGAAGCCAGCAGAGACGCCGAAGGAGGCAAAGCGAAGCAGCCUCAAAGUGCCGUCGUCCAUUCUCACGUCGGCGCAGGACAGGCCCGCAAAAUCAGUUCGCCGAGUUCGCCCAGAUGCGCCGACGGGCCCGUGGAAACCCCCGGCGGCACGGAAGGCGUCGACACCCUGGAGGACUCGUGGAGCGGCGUCCAGCAGCAGGUCAGCCCCGAGUCCGAGACCGGCAGCACGCACACCACCUCCUCGGACGACAUCAAGCCGCGCUCGGAGGACUACGACGCCGGGGGCUCCCAGGACGACGACUGCUCCAACGACCGCGGCGUCUCCAAGUGCGGCACCAUGCGCUGCCCUGACUUCCUGGGCCGCAGCAGCAGCGACACCAGCACCCCGGAAGAGCUGAAGAUGUACGAGGCGGGGGCAGGGCUGAGGGUGGAGGUCCGCCUCCGGGGCAAAGAGGCAGAGACCACCAGCGAGGAGGAGGCGGCGAGGCAGCGGCCCCGGUCCUGGCUGCGACGGGACGAGGCUCCGGCGGGCGACGGGCGCUCAGCAGCUGAGGAGACCGAGAAGAACGUUCCCGAACCCCAGCUCUUCUCCUCGCAGGAGGAGGAGGAGGAGGAGGAAGACGAAGAGGAGACGGAAGACGAGAGGUCCGAAGUGGAGGUGAUUCCGGGAGAAGCGCCGCCUCCGCCGCCAACCGAUCCCUCGCCGCAUUUCCAGGGCAUCGUGAACCUGGCGUUCGACGACGGCGUGGACCAGGACAACGACCAGCCCGACUACCAGUCCACGUCCAACUUCCGCCGGUCGGUGCUGCUCUCCGUGGACGAGUGCGAGGAGCUGGGCUCAGAGGAGGGCGGCGUGCAGACCCCUCCGCAGCACCCAGACGACGCCUCGACUCCCUGCGAGGUUUUUGAGUGUGACUCCACCGCGUCCCGCGACCGGCCGAACCACGUCUCGCGCCGCCCCGGGGACGACACGCACGAGAAUCACAAGACCGACGACGAGGAUGACGACAAGUCUGUUUUCCUCACGGAGGUCCAGCAGCCCGUCGGCGAGGACAGCAAUCACGUCCAGGUGGAGGAAGAGAAGUCCGACUGCACCCCGCCCGACCCUGAGACCAGAGACCUGCCCCCCCACGAGCGCCCGUGCCACCUGGACCUGAGACACACCGAGCUGUACGAUGGAAAGACGAGCAAGAACCCCACGAAGGCGGAUUCCCGUGUGGACGGGAAUGAGCCCCAGCUGUCGGAUCAGGCGCCUUCGCACGCUGCUCAGGAGCCAGCAGGGGACAAUGGUUGUGACAGAUUGGAUCAAAGCUGCAAACAUGACCGUCGACCGUCCAAAGCCCUCUCUCCCAUUUACGAGAUGGACGUGGGAGAAGCCUUCGAGUGCUGCUCAGACAGGGAGCGCCACGCCAAACGGCCAGAGGAGGAGCGACAGCGGCGGGACGACGUGGACCAGAGCAGCCGGUUCGCCGAGCGGGACUGGAGCCUGCUCCGGCAGCUCCUCUCGGACCACGAGUCCAACCUGGGCGUCAUCAACCCCGUGCCGGAGGAGCUCAACUUGGCCCAGUACCUCAUCAAGCAGACGCUGUCCCUGUCGCGCGAUUGCCUGGACUCGCAGGCCUUCCUGUCCCCGGAGAAGGAGACCUUCAAGCGCUGGGCGGAGCUCAUCUCGCCCAUGGACGACUCGUCCACCAGCAUCACUGUGACCAGCUUCUCUCCGGAGGACGCUGCGUCUCCACAGGGGGAGUGGACCAUCGUGGAGCUGGAGACACACCACUGAGGACACUUUAACCACCUUCCGUUUCAACCCGUCUCAUUAUCCUUAUUUAUAAUCUCACCUUGUCCCUCAAUGUCGUGUCCCUCUUCCGGGACUCUACCAAAACUGUGGACUUGGCAGCAGUUGGUGUUCCUCGCCUCACUUUAUGAGUCGCUUGUCGACACAAAGGAGCCGUUACGCAUGAUAUUUUUGUAUGUUUUACCGGUUCACUUGAUGUUGCUGUGAAAGCUGCAGAAGAUAAAAAAGAUUCGGCAAAAACAAAACAAAAAUCAGUCUCUGAAUCUUUUUUUCCCCCCUCCUUUCCCAAGA